AUGAAAACCGCCUCCUGGUUCACCGGCUGGCUCUGCAUCGGAGGCCAAAUCGUCCUUACAGCAUCCGCUGCAUUUUCCGCAGGGCUACAGUUUCAAGGACUUGUUAUACUUCAUCGUCCUGAUACCAAUAGCUAUGUGCCAGCCAGAUGGCAGGGUAUGCUGUUUUAUUGGCUGGUGCUUGUGUAUUCUGCUGUUGUCAAUAUUUGGGGAUCGAGGGUGCUUCCGCAUACCAAUUUGGCUUCUGGGAUUCUUCAUAUCGUCGGUUUUGUGGCGAUUAUGACGGUACUGGGAGUUAUGGCACCGAAGCAUGAUGCUCAGUUUGUUUUUACACAGGUUACUAAUACCAGUGGGUGGCAAAAUGAUGGGGUAUCGUGGCUCGUGGGUCUUUUGAGUGCUGUAUAUCCACUUCUCGGGUAUGAUGCGGCGUGCCAUUUGGCAGAAGAGAUGCCGCGACCUGCGCGAGAUGUCCCGAUUGCUAUGGUGGGAAGUGUGGCUGUGAACGGAGUCUUGGGACUUGGAUAUUGUGUCAUGUUAUUGUAUUCCCUUGGUGACUUGGACGAAUUACUUGCAUCAUCGACUGGAUUCCCGUUUAUGCAGCUAUAUCAAAACGUCACCAAGAAUACCGCCGGGGCAACUAUAUUGAUACUGAUCGUCUGUUUCAUAGCUGUAGCCGCCAAUGCGGCUAGUUGCACCUCGACCUCACGAACAUACUGGGCCUUUGCUCGCGAUUCUGCAACGCCAUACUCAAGGUACUUUGCACACAUAAGCCCGACAACACAGGUACCCGUUCGUGCCAUUGUGGCCUUGACUGUUGUAGAAAUGCUGCUUGGUCUGAUAUAUCUCGGAAAUAGUACUGCAUUCAAUGCCAUCCUUUCGAUGUCCGUUCUUGGCAUGUACGCUUCGUAUCUUGUGCCCAUUAUCUACAUGAUGAUUUAUGGUAGGAGGAAUCUUAACACAAACCAAUAUGGCCCAUUUAGAUUGGGUAAUGCAUUAGGAUUGGUAGUUAACGUAGUGGCUGUGGUUUGGCUUCUCGUGGCGAUAGUGUUCUGCACGUUUCCUAGUGUGCAGCCUGUAACUGCACAAAAUAUGAACUAUAGCGUGGUUGUCAUGGGCGGAUGGCUGUUUUUCGGGGCGAUGUUUUAUUUUGGCUUUGGUAGACGGGAAUACAAUGGACCAGUCGGGAUAAUUGAAAUGUAA